UCUUCAACGCGACACAACAACUCCGACUACCUCUGAACAUCAUUUUCUCAGUCGCGUCAAAUGUAUCAAUGACUACUCCGAGAACGCCGCUCAUGGAUAUCUCCAAUAACGACGUGGCGAGCACUCCAGGCGCGACUGCAAGUCGGCGUAAGUCAGGACGCGCCGUGAAGGUUCCCGAAAAGUUUGUCCCAGAUGUGCCAUCGUCGCAGCCAGGCCCUGCGAGCGCGAAGAGAAAGCGGGGAGAAGAUGAUGCCGAGAACGACGCGUCCGACAUAGAAGACGACGAGGAUGAAGAAAUUGAGGACGAGGAAGAAGAGAGCGCAGCAGAAGAAGAAAUAAAGGAAACCAAGAAGAAAUCGAAGAAACCAGCGAGGAAACCUGCUGCCAAAAAGCCCAGAGUCAAUGGCACGACAUCGCAUGAGGUGGCGCCUCCUGUAAGACUUCCAGCUCGACCGAAGAAGACGAAGCAGGUCGCGAUCGCGGACAAAGAUACAGGAGGACUCUAUGCGGAUGUGUACACAAGCGGACUAUCUUCAGACGAUGUUGCGGGGCAAUGGCACAGCAGACUGGCAGAGGAUAGCCCUACCGCAAUGGUUGAGCUUGUCAAUUUCUUGCUUCUAAGUGCAGGCUGCACUCUCGAGGUCACACGAGACGAUAUAGAUGAUGUUGAUAAUGUUGAUGCAAAAGUGGGAGAUCUGCAAGAAGAGUACCAAGCACAAAACAUCACAGAUUACCCUCUAAUUAAAGCUCGAAGUAGCCAUCACUUCCGAGAGUGCCUUAUCAACUUCUUCGACAGCCUGCUGGAUGCGAUACAUGAAUCCAAGAUUAUGUACACGGAGACUGCGCUGAUGGAGAACAUCCAUUCAUGGCUCAUUGUUAUGUCAUCUUCCCCUUCACGACCCUUUCGUCACACCGCAACUAUCGCAGCACUUGCGAUGACCAGCGCAAUGUGCCGAGUGGCAAAUGAGCAGAUUGAGGUUGCAGCGAAGGUUCAGCGACAACUUGAGUCGGAAAAGAAAAACAAGAGACCAAACAAAGCUAGGGUGUCCGAAUUCCAGAGCAAGGUAAACGAGAACGAGCACCAAAAGGCUGUUCUUGAGCACCGAAUUAUGGACUUCUUUGAGGGCGUCUACGUGCACAGAUAUCGCGAUGUGGAUUCAAAAAUUCGUCUCGAAUGCUGUGAGUCUCUAGGAGACUGGAUUUUGACACUCGAAAGUGUGUUUUUUGAAGGACAGUACCUACGAUACAUGGGAUGGAUGUUGUCGGAUACUCACGGACCAAUGCGACAAGAGGUCAUCAAGCAAUUGCAGGCCAUCAUGAAAGACCUCAAUGCUGGUGGCAUGCGACAUUUUAUUGAGCGAUUUCGUCCUCGACUAGUUGAGAUUGCCACGCGUGAUUCUGAAUCUACGGUACGAGCUUCCGCGGUUGAGUUGAUGGACUCCAUCAGAAAGGCUGGGAUGCUCGAGCCCGAUGAUAUCGACGUUAUCGGCAAGCUCAUAUUUGAUUCUGACCCAAGAGUCAGAAAGGCUGUGGUGCCAUUCUUCGCAGAAAGCAUCAAUGAUCUAUAUGAUUCGAAGGUCGAGGAUCUUGGUGGCAAUGAGUUCCUCGAAGAACAUUUAGCUGUCGAAGACGAAGAAGAUUAUGACACACCUCGGCGUGAAUGGAUCCAGCUAAAGUGUUUGUCGGAAAACUUGUUGAGCUAUGACAUUCAAGACCAGGACGAGAUGCCCAGCCAAAUUGAUUCUGCCGACUUCUUGAACGUUUCUGGAUCGGAGUCAAGGUUCACUCUUGCUGCUCAAGCGCUCUACGAGAAAGUCCCCGUCCUCAAGAAUUGGGAGCUUCUUGCAGGUUACCUUCUUUUCGACCAUACUUCAGAAGCUGCUUCUACCGAUGCUGAGGCAGAAUUGAGAGCGAGCUUCAAGCCCGAUGAAAAAGAGGAGCUUAUUCUCUUAGAAGCAUUGAACGCAGUGGUGAAAUUGGGAUUGUCAGACGCCGAAGAAGCUGACAAGGAGAAAGCGAGAAAGAAGCACGCUCGACGAGACAAUCACGACGCAAGAGAAGCUGCGGCGCGACGAUUAGCUGGUCUCAUUCCGCCAUUGUUGAAGAAGUACGGUGCAGAUCCGAAGACGGCUACCGUCGUACUUAGACUUGAGCAUGUACUGAAUCUGAACGUCUUCCAAGAGCUACGACAGGAUUCGACAGUUUAUGCCAAACUACUGGAUGAGAUCAGCGCGCAAUUCAAUAGCCAUGCAGACAAGGGUGUUCUGAACGAAGCAGGUGCGGCGCUUCUUCACGCACGUGGUUACGAAGAACUUGAGGAAGUGGCUGAUAGCAAGGUUCAAUCUCUUUGGGAAGAUACCACGAGUGUUCUUCGAAAAAUCAAUAAAGCCGGCGAGAUAUCUGCCCGUGGCACACUCAGCAUCAAGAUUCUUACGGAACUUUCUCAUAACUUGGCUCGCUUAGAGCAGCUUGCAAGCAUUUCGAGUUGCGUUGAAGCUCUCGAGGCCGAGGGGGCCAAGGAAUCGACGCUUCCUAUCGUCAUACUUCUUGAUAUCAUCGCUCGUGGGGUCUUUGAAGACUCAACCGAUGAAGCUCGCGAAAAUUUGGAAGACGAAAUCGUUCUGUCCGCAAUUCGAUCUGGCAUGUUCUACUUUAUGUGGAAAGUUCGUUCCAUCACUGAGGCUGUCGAAUCCGGCGAAGAGAUAACAGAUCUGGAUAUUGAUCAUCUGAAAGAGUGGCAAGACCUGUUCACUACAAACCUGAUCGCAUCCUUUUCUUCUCGGUCGACCCUAGACACCGUUCGGCUGGUCGGCGCUGGAACUUUCCUCGAUUUACACGUGCUCUUUGCCACCCUGAGACCUACCAAGCAGCCAAAAGGAAAGAAGAGCCAGUCAGAGCAAGCCUCCGAGGAAAAUCCCUAUCUACAAAGUCUUGUCAAGGAGGUCGGGCCCGAAGUUCAAACAGAGCUCGCUUCUAUUUUCGACGGAUUAGAAAAGCAAUUCGCCAAGAAAUCGAAAAAGAAGCUUGCGGACCCCAGUGAUGACGAAGCUCCCGAAGACCUAGAAUCAGAAUCUGAAGAGGAAGAAGAUGACGAGGUUACCGACAGCGAGCGGCAAGCAGAGACCUUGAGAGCCGAGCAACAGCUGUGCGAGUUGUCCGGCAAACUUGUUCUUGCUAUCCUCGCACAAGUGAUUGACGCCUCAGGUGACCUGAAGGGCAAGCUCCGAUCGAGACUUCAGCGGAAUCGACAACGACUUGGUCCAAAUUUCAAGGAAGUCGUCGCAUAUCUGGAUGAGCCAAAAUCCAAGGCCAAGAAGGGCAGCAGAAGCAAAUCGCAGUCAGCUGAUCCCAAGAAGAAAGCAGUACCAGCAAAGAGUGCCGAGCGGGUAGAGGAGGAAGAGGAAGAGGAUGAUCCGUUCGCGGAUGUCGAACCUGAGGAAGGCACAGUUGAGGACCUCCGUCGAAGAGAAAUUCUCGACGAAGAGCUAGAAGGCGGAGGUGAAGAGAAUGGAGAAGAGGAGGGCGGUGGUGCUGAUGAUGAUGACGACGACGUGAUGGGAGAUUAGGCGAUCUGAUUGAACAAAAUUAUGGUUGUAGGAAUAGUGUGGGACUGAAAUGCUUGCGGAGCUUGGCUUACAUACUACCACGGUACUUGGUUGCAUUGUCUGCGCGGAACGUGAUUGCGUUCGUGAGCUUGUUUAUGUUUAUGGUAUGAGGUGCAUUGGCUAAUGACGGAGAUUAGCUUUUGUCCAUAACAUGAAUCUAUAUUCUGCACACUUGAUUGUUGUGGUG